AUGUCGACACAUGAAGCCGGCGUCCGCAACGUCAUCUAUUCCGCUCCGCACAACCUCCUCAUAUCCGCAUCAUGGGACUCAACCCUCCACCUGCACGACCUUUCGAGACCCGGCGACUUCGCAGCCAUCCGUCUGCCCUCAAAACCCUUCUCGCUCUCCGCAUCACCCACCAAGCUCGUAGUCGCCAUGGCCAGCAGGGCAGUCAACAUCUACGAGCUCGACGGCCUAUCGAACGCCGCAAAGCGCGGAGGCGGAGAAAGCGUGGAGCUGGCACCGUGGCAGCAGCGAGAAAGCUCCAUGAAGUACAUGACGCGCGCCGUCGCAUGCAUGCCCAACGACGCCGGCUACUCCAGCUCAAGCAUCGAGGGCCGUGUAGCAGUAGAGUGGUUUGACCCGUCCGAGGAGUCGCAGUCGCGGAAAUACGCCUUCAAGUGUCACAGGCAAGCAGUCGAUGGCCAGGAUAUAGUGUACCCCGUCCACGCGCUAGCAUACCACCCGGUCCACGGCACGUUCGCAACAGGUGGCGGUGACGGCAUAGUCGCUCUGUGGGACGCUGUUGCGAAGCGGAGGAUCCGGCAGUAUCAGAAAUUUCCCGCCGCCGUGCAGACCAUUGACUUUUCGUCAGACGGCAAGUUCGUUGCUGUGGGUGUUAGUCCUGGAUUCGAGGACGGCACGGAUGAUGUGCCCGAUGGUGUUAUCAAGGUCUUCAUCAGGGAACUGACCUCGACUGAAGCACAGGGCAAGAAGAAGUAG